AUGGUAACUUUCAUGACCAAGUCGGUGCCGGAGGCAAAGCUUUUGAUUGAGAAUCUCGCUGCUAGUGAUGCCAAUGCGUGCCCUGACUACAAUAGAAGCCGACAAGGAGUUCACGCCAUUGAAGAUGCCCUAGCCACAAAUGAAGACACUCUUAUGGAUUUCAUGAGAGAUGGCGCUGAAGAGAAUCUAGAGGAAGUCAACUACAUUGGAGGAAACUAUGGGAAUAGAGGAUUCAAUCCACCAUUUCGCGCGCAUCCAAACCUAUCAUACCGGAGCAACAAUGUGGAGAAUCCAAAUGACCAAGUCUACCCCAAUCAAGGAGCGUAUCAAGGAGGCCAAUACCAAUCCAAGCCACAACAAGUCUAUCCAAGAGGGAUGUACCAAGUGAAGCAACCAUUCACUUUUUCUCAAGAAACAAAUCCAACCCAAACCGGAGAGAAGGUUGACGUGGCCUUGAAGAAAUACAUGGAGGAGCAGAGAUUGAUCACCAAGAACCUAUAUGAGAAGCUUGAUCACAUGUUUGGUGAUCUAAGCAGCAAGUUUGGGUCUCUCUCUACUCACGUUCAAAAGCUUGAGGUGCAAAUCGCUCAAACAGCCGAGGCGGCCAAGAAACAAAAUGAGGUAAACACUCAAAAAUUUUGUAGUGUUGUCUCAUCUAUAGAUGGCACUAUUGUUCCUACACUAUCUCAAGGGGAAGAAGAAGAAAAUGAGCCUAGGAGAGGCACAAACCGGAGAGAUACAGUUGGGAAUCAAGAAGAGCUUACAAGAGAAGACUUGAAGGCAAGCCACUACAAAAACAAGAAGAUCCGGGGAAGUUUGUGA